AUGCCGCGCUCCUUCCUGGUGAAAACGCACCCCAGCACCAGGGUCCCCAACUAUGGGCAGCUGGAGACGCAGAGAGAAAUCAAUGGUGCCUGUUCUGCCUGUGGGGGGCUGGUAGUGCCCUUCCUCCUCCCAGACAAGGCAGCCGCUCCCACACCCGGUGACACUGCCCAGCCCUGGGACCAUACUUCUGUCAUCACCUGCAUCUCCCUGCCCCUCCCUCGUAAUGAGGAAGCUCGGGGGACCUCUGAGCCAGACACCCUGGAAAUCAGCCCAGUGGAUCCUCGGGCUGGCCGAGGCCCUAGCAUACCUCUCAAAGACAGCCUGAACCACCUCAAUCUGCCCCCACUGCUGGUUCUCCCCAUGCGGUGGCCCCCAAACCUGGGCCCAGUUGGAGAUCAGGCUCCAGACAGACUGCUAGGGGCUGAGCAGGCCCCCUGCCCCGCAGGUGGCUUCCAGUGCAUCCACUGCCAUAAGCCCUACCACACGGUGGCUGGGCUGGCCAGGCACCGGCAGCUGCACUGCCAUCUGCAGGCUCAGCGCUGCUUCACCUGCAAGUACUGCGACAAGGAGUACGCCAGCCUGGGCGCCCUCAAAAUGCACAUCCGCACACACACGCUGCCCUGCAUCUGCGCCAUCUGCGGCAAGGCCUUCUCCAGGCCCUGGCUGCUCCAGGGACACAUCCGGACCCACACAGGGGAGAAGCCCUAUGCCUGCUCUCAUUGCAGCCGGGCCUUCGCGGACCGCUCCAAUCUCCGGGCCCACCUGCAGACACACUCCGACACCAAGAAAUACCAGUGCAAGAGCUGCGCCAAGACCUUCUCCCGCAUGUCGCUCUUGGCACGGCACGAGGAAUCUGGCUGCUGCCCUGGCCCCUGA